AUGACGAACGAAGACGCACAUCAAGUAGGAGUUAUGGAUAUAGACCUCCAGCAGAGGACGGUAUCUACGGAUGGGAUAGAGGCAAACGAGGAGCUGGAGAAAAGAAUAGGACAGAUCGAUGAGCCUGAGUACAAGAACCGUUUUGAGCACAGUAAGGUUUUUAGCUUUAGCGUAUUUGACGGCCAUGGCGGUAGUGAAGGCAGCACCUAUGUGCGAAAUCAUUUGCUGGAGAAUAUUGAGAGAAUGAACAUCAGCGACGCAAGCAUCAACAAGCUAUUCAAGUUUUACCAAAAGGAGAUUGGAGGAUACUGGAGACGUUGGGUGCGUCGCAAAAAUCUGCAUCUGAUCAACAGCAUGGGGCUAGAAAGCUAUCUAGUAUCGCCAAAAGGUAACUACACUGUCCGCGAUCCAGAGCUAGAGGAGAAAAAACUGUGGGAUCUGCCAGAGUUCAAGGAGAUGGUUUCCGGAGAAGAUUUCUUCAAGAUUCGGCUUCUGCUAGGGUUUUUGUACACCGACUACCAAUUUCUGAACUACGAGGACAAGAUUAACGACGCUAAACAUAAGGAACAUUCGCACCUUUUGAACGCCGGCUCCACAGCCACAUCUGCAUUUUUCUACACCAUAGAGAAGGACAAGUCGAAUCUAAACGGGUAUUUUUACGAGCCAGACGUGUUGAGUCGAUUGGUAGUUGCGCAUGUGGGCGACACGCGUGCUAUCCUCUGCGACAGGGACGGCAUGGCAAGGAGUCUGACCCAGGACCACCAUCCUUCAAAUCCUAUCGAGUCACGCAGACUGACCAGAUACAGCGCAGGGCUAAUGAUGACCGAUUCUUUCGGGGAAGAACGUUUUGCAAAUUACGCCAACACGCGUUCAUUCGGCGACCUCACAGCCAAAAACAUCGGCAUCACAGCCGAACCGGAGAUCAGUGAAUACCUGAUUGGCGAUAUGAGAAAAGUCCAAAAGUACAAGCGUGACAAUAAAAACUAUUUAAAGAAGACCAACAUCUUGGAUUUUGGCGGGGACGAGUGUUUCCUCGUGCUUGUGAGCGACGGAGUGACCAACAUGCUUUCCGACCAGGAGGUGGUCGACGUGAUCACGAGCACGACCAAUAACAAGGGAUCGCUGCGGGGCACGCCAAAGGAAGCUGCUCAGGAGGUAGUACAGUUCGUUGAGUGUAUUGGGGGCAUGGACAAUGCGACAUGCCUGGUAAUCAAGCUAGGCGGCUGGGGGAAAUGGCCAAUACUCGACCGAACAGGCCCUCUGAGAGAGUCCAAGAUGAUGAGUGGACGCAGGGAAAGAUGA